GCUGCCCUUCUCCUCUGUUGUUGGUGGUGGAAGGUGGAAACUGUGUUGGCGGCGGCAUACGAUAUGUUGUUCUGUCUGUGUACUAAACCGAGAGCCUUCGCAUGAGCUACGGGAUGAAACCUCGUUUCAUGUGACAUAAUUAAGCGAAUGCGUUGCAGCAAUGUCGAAGUCAAAGCAGGAUAAAUCUGGAGGCUUGGCUCCCGAACUGGACCAAGCGCGCUCGAAGCUGGAUGGCGUUCUUCAGAAUCUCAUGGAAAAGACUGAAGAAAGUCACAGUUCAUCAUCCCAGUCAGAUGACGAUUACAAACCUUCAGAUAUUAUUAUGAAAGAACCUUCUCCCAUUUCUUCCCCUUCGAAGCGGUCGCAGAAGUCUCAGAGGAAAAGACGUCGAAAAGAUGAAGCUGCGAUUCAGAGCUCAAGUACGGACACAUACAUUACGAAGAUCUAUGGUUGCAGCGUCGACCUAGCACAGUUUGACGAAAACUCUCCGCUUUAUGCCAUGUGUCGUAGCUGGAUCCAGAACAAACCUGUACAACAGUCGGAGAAGCUCUUUCCCACUGACGACGAGGACGACAAAAAGGCCCCGGAAGAGGGUGGGGACAAGGAGCCCACUGAAGGAAUUUACUCUCUACCAGCACCUACGCCAUUGCCUAGAGACAAAGAAAGUAACAUCAAAGAUCUGAGGAUACCUGAGACAGUUCAGCAACCUUCAGAAAAGUUCUUCAUGGCAGCUGAUGACAGCGAAGUAGUUCCUGUUAAUGUGCUCCUGGCCAAUCAUCAGGCACGAUGGAAGUCCAUCAGGCAGAAAUGGAAAGAAGCAGCAAUGGCCAACGAGGAACGAUACAAGGAAAGCACCAGCAUGCUUCUGAAGGCGAUGAGUCAAGAUGAAGGCGGAUCAUGGGAGGGAGUACAAGCCUAGGACAUCAGCACUGUGGUGUAUAAUUUUCUUGGGUGUAAAUCACGGAGGAAAUGCUGCAAGCACCACAAAUAAAAAAGUGGACACAGAC